CAUAUUGUUCCGCCUAAUUACAGUUGACUUCGAUGAUCUUUAUAAUUGGAUUAUUAAAUUCAGAACAUCCUCCUCAUCGUCUAUCCAAGAAGAAGAACCAAAUCUCCUAUUUCUCUCUCUAUAAUCACAAAACUCAUAUAACAAUGGAGAAAAUUGGGAAAAGAUUUGAAGGGAAAGUGGUGAUUGUAACAGCUUCUACCCAAGGUAUUGGAUUUAGCAUAGCUCAGAGACUUGGAUUUGAAGGUGCUUCUGUUGUUAUCUCCUCUCGCAAACAGGAAAAUGUAGAUGAAGCAGUAAAGAAACUGAGAGAUGGAGGAAUUGACGUGUUGGGAUUAGUAUGUCAUGUCUCAAAUGCACAACAGAGGAAGAAUUUGAUAGACAAGACUAUUCAGAAAUAUGGGAAACUAGAUGUGGUUGUGUCAAAUGCCGCUGUCAAUCCUUCAGUAGAUGCAAUCUUAGAAACUAAAGCAUCAGUCCUUGACAAGCUUUGGGAUAUCAAUGUCAAAGCGUCUAUACUAUUACUACAAGAUGCAGCUCCUUACCUUAAGAAUGGUUCAUCAGUUGUUCUAAUUUCCUCAAUUUCUGGUUACUCGCCACCAGCUUCAAUGGGUAUGUAUGGGGUGACAAAAACUGCGCUACUCGGACUUACAAAGGCUCUUGCAGCUGAAAUGAGUCCAGAUACUCGUGUAAACUGUGUAGCACCAGGUUUUGUACCAACCCAUUUUGCUGAUUUCAUCACGAGUAAUGAACAAGUGAGGAGAGAGAUUGAGGGUAAGACAUUACUCCAUAGGCUUGGAACAACACAAGAUAUGGCUGCGGCUGUUGCUUAUUUGGCUUCUGAUGAUGCUGCUUAUGUAACUGGAGAAACUCUGGUUGUUGCUGGAGGAAUGCCUUCCAGACUCUGACUUCUCGAUUGCAGUGCCUCCCCUUGUGGUUUUAGCUCGCUUGCGUCGGGCUAGGAGGGACAUGCUUAUGAUGUUAUGCAAGUCCUGUGACCGGUACCAAGGGGAAGCAUGAAUCAGACCAAUAAGACACUGCUCUCUGCAUGUUGUUACAACAACAGAAGCCCACACUGGAAUUUCAUUACCUUAUUCCUUAAACCACUUUUGUAGAACUUCUUGCUUUUAGCUCUCUUCACCUUGAGAGCAAAUGGCAGGGUUACAUUAUUAUGAUGUCAGAGGCAAACCGUGUCUUGUCCAGUAGUUGCAUGCAUUAUGAUAUUCAUAUAGUCAACCUCGACUUAUUUAGCACUGAAACAAUAACAUGAGCAUGAGCUACAAGAUUUUUAUCUCAAUUGAUAGGUAAAAAUCAUCAAAAGUUUGAGGUGAAACUUCUUUAGCAUUACAAGGUGAAUAGCCUUAGAGGGAUAGUUUGGAAAGUGUGCUCUGAAUUGAAUUAUUUGUGUCAGUAGUUAGCAGAUUGCGAGAUGAUAAUAAACACACAUAGCAUUGAAAAUGCAUCUAUAGGACAUUUGAAUUUUCAA